UUGUCGCGCUCUCUGUAAACUAUUAUAAUGUCAUGAGCUAUGCUAAUUCUUUCUGUUUGACCUCGUCACACCUGAUUUGAGGAUUCUGAUCCACUUUUGUUUCAGAUCCAAAACAUAAUCUGUGGAGUAAACAACCUGUACCAAUCGAGGUGCGAUAAAACACUAUAAGAAAAAAAUAUCACUGGACUAAAUCACUCACUCUUACCAAUUAAAAGAAAAUGAAGCUCAUGGGAAAAUUUAUAUUGGCUGUGUCGAUUUGGGCCCUUGUUCAAUGCUCACCCUACGACAGUGGAAAAUACAAACAUAAAACAUACGAUUACUAUGACGAUGGAAAGUACUACAGACCAUUAACGGAAGGAAAAUAUGUACCAACAGACGAGGGAAAGUACUCUUACAUAUACCAACAAGGAGUGUAUCCAUUUGAUGGUACCUACAAACAUUUGGAAAGAGGAGAUUCCAACGACUACAUAGGGUACCAAAUUUAUGCACCACGGUAUCCAUUCCUAUAUAGUGUAAUUAAGGCGAUAAUAAGUAAAUAUGUAUCGCCAAAUAUAUUAAAUCUCGGGGAUCCUGUAGUGGAAACUGAAAAUAACGUUAAUGAAAUAAAACCCGACAGUGAAGUAACCAUGAAAUGUGAAGUUGUAGACUCUGAAGCCAAAAACAACACGGAGUUUGUUACACAGUACCCACCAUAUCUUAAGAUAAAAGAAGGAGAGAAAUUAGGAACCAUUUAUAAUUUCAGAGGAAGUAAAGUUUUAAGUACCGUAACGAAUUCCUUAACAAAUAAAUUAAAAUUAGAAUAUGAAGUUUUUGUAAGAAUUGUGGAUGAUGUUUCGGAAUGAAAUUAGUUUUAUCUAAAUAUAAAUUAUGAUGCUAUAUACUCUGAUCACAUGUGAUGCAAGCGGACCUUAACUUAUAAUAAAAAAUAUUUGGAAUA